AUGGCAAGCGACAAGCGUCCAAUUCUUUCGGAGUGCGAUAGCGACGAAGAUCCCGAGCGUAAACAGCAGCAGCAGAAACGGGAGGACUCGAACAGUAGCGCUAAAACCGCAGGGUCGCAGAGUGAGGAAGAGAUUGACCCUGUCAUUCACAAUGCGUAUACCGACUUUUCAGGUAACAUGCGAAGGGUCGAGCGCCGCUUCUCCGAAUUUGUGGCUUGUGCGGCUGAGAUUAAUACGCGACUCGAAAGCAAUCGUGCUGCUCGCUGCUGUACGAGAUUAGAGAACGAAGAGAGUAAGGAUGAGGUCUUUGAGCCCUUCAAAUGGGAGCUUCCGGCAAAAACGUGGUUCCGUGUCACCCAAAAAAAUGCUCUUGAAGAGCGCCGAGCACAGCUCGAAUCGUCAAUGGAGACGUUGCUCCUACAGGAUGAUCGUAGAAUUUGCAGAUUGCCCGUCUUGCGUGACUUUCUCAUGCUUGACAUUUUUGGUGUCCAGGUGACGGAGCAAAAGAAUUUUGAGGCCGCUCAACCCUUUGAAUGA